UCUAACAGAAAUUUUAAUACCUAUAUCUUCCUCCCUCUGCCCUCAUUCAACAAUUCAAUCUUUAGCAGCUUUUUAAAGAAGGUUCUCAUGGAAGGGGCAGGAAGAAGUAAGGGGAAGCCCAAAGGAGGACUGCCCAAGCACUCCAAAACAAGAUCUGUGAAGGCGGGGCUUCAAUUUCCAGUUGGUAGAAUAGCAAGAUUCCUCAAGAGGGGGCGUUAUGCAAAACGAAUUGGAGCUGGGGCUCCUGUUUACCUGGCUGCUGUUAUGGAGUACCUUGCUGCAGAGGUGUUGGAGCUGGCAGGAAAUGCAGCGAGAGAUAACAGGAAGAGCAGGAUAAUACCUCGACAUAUACAACUGGCAGUGAGGAAUGAUGAGGAGCUGAGCAAACUUCUUGGGGGCGUUACAAUCUCUGGAGGUGGCGUCCUCCCCAACAUCCACCAAGUUUUGCUUCCUAAGAAGUCUAACAAGUCUAAAGGAAGCGACCCACAGUCUCAGGAGUUUUAAUUCUUCUCUUACUUUUGCUCACCAUUCAUCCAGAGGUUACUAUGGUGUACAAAGCUGUAACUUGGCUGAUGUAGUUUUUCCAAAUGGAAUUUGGAGUUCCGUUUGCUUCAAGGUUUUACUCUUAUAUUCCACAGACAUGUCUGCUAUAAUCAAAGAGCUGGUUUGGUCAAGAAGUUUGAAAGUUUCAGUUUUGUUCAACUAUCUAUCAUCUUCCAUUAAACUCUUCAAAAUUUUCCCAUUCAUUCAGCCAUCUGGGUUAUUGAAGCUAUGUAAUAACUUUGAGAAAACUUGUUAUUAGGCACCUGAU